AUGGGGAUUAGCAAAGCUGCCUUUCUCUUCCUUCUCUUCCUUUUCUUGCUCAGCUCAGUAAAAGGAGAUAUACUGGAUGACUAUUUGAGAACAGAUGGUGUUUGGAUACUUACUCGAAACAAACAGUUUUAUGAGACAAAUAAUGAAAAAGAAUGUGCAGAAAAAUGUGAAGCAGAAAGAAAUUUUACCUGCAGGGCUUUCCUAUUCACCAGGAAAAAGCUACAGUGUUUAACACUGGCUGAAAAUGCUAAAAUGACAGUGACAUUUGCCAGCACAGACACAGUUCUUUAUGAGAAGAUAAUUUACCUUAUGCAGUGUAAAAGAGGGAUUGGGACAGACUACAGAGGAACAGAAGCCAAGACUCAGAGGGGUAUUCCAUGCCAGAAGUGGGCAGAAAAAAUACCCCACAAACCAAAUUAUACACCUGAAAAACACCCCAAUGCAGGGUUGGAAGAAAAUUACUGCAGAAACCCUGAUGCAGAUGAAAAUGGACCGUGGUGUUACACAACAGAUCCUGCUAUGAGAUUUGAUUACUGUGCCAUCCCAGAGUGUGAGGACCAGGUCACGCACACCGGAGAAGGACCUCUGGGGGAGUGCAUGCAGUGUAAUGGUGAGGAUUACCGUGGAGAAGUUUCCAGAACAGAGUCUGGACUGGAGUGCCAACACUGGGAUGUGCAAGAGCCUCAUAUGCAUGGAUUUAUCCUGGAACAUUAUCCAGAGAAGGAUCUGAAGAUGAAUUAUUGCCGCAAUCCUGAUGGUGAACUUCGGCCCUGGUGUUUCACUACCAACCCAAAUAAACGCUGGGAAUAUUGCAACAUUCCUCGGUGCUCUACACCCCCACCAGUCUCUGGCCUGGACUCCCAGUGUCUUUCAGGGAGAGGAGAAGACUAUCGAGGAAGGAUAGCCAUCACUGAAUCGGGAAAUGCCUGUCAACACUGGAACACGCAGUUUCCUCACAAACAUGGCUGGGUUCCUGACAGAUACCCCUGCAAGGGCUUAGAGGAAAACUACUGUAGAAACCCUGAUGGAGAGAAGAAGCCUUGGUGCUACACCACCAACAGCAACAUUAGAUGGGAAUAUUGCACAAUUCCUCCCUGUGACAGAACAGAACAAGGGAUUGCUGUGUUUUUAUAUUCCUUUCUUCCCAAAGAGUGCUACCAAGGCAAAGGGCAGAGUUAUCGUGGCACAACUUCUGUCACUGUAUCAGGAAGGAAGUGCCAGGCCUGGAGCUCCAUGUUCCCACAUAGGCAUAUAAAAACCCCGGAGAGAUUCCCGGACGCGGAUUUGAGGGAAAACUAUUGUAGAAACCCAGAUGGUGACAGCAGCCCGUGGUGUUUCACCACUGACCCCAACACAAUAUGGGAGUACUGCAAUCUCAAGAGGUGUGAUGAUCAUGCACAAGAGCCUGCUGAAGUUGGAGGAUCUCUGGUCUGCCAAAAGAACAAACUUCUCCAAUAUGGAGUCACUUCUUGCGGACUGGACUGUACUCAGACAUCAAAGUCUGUUUUUUUCCAAAUUCCUGAUUUUUUUUCUUGGAUCAAGAAUGCAGUAGCUUCCCACCGAAUCUGGAUGCUGGCUAAUUUUUCUGGAAAGCAGUCCCUGUGUCAGAAACAACAUUCCAACAUACCAAGGCUUUAUGACUGGUUUUUAAAAUUAUGUAAUAAUUCAUAG